CCACUCCACUAUUCUCAGAUCUUACAAAAACUAUUUUUAAAAAGCAAAAUAAAAUAAAGCUAAAAUGGAGGAGCUUGUUGAUGAAACCCCCCGUAAAAGAUUGAUCAAAGAACUUGUUGAAGGAAAAAGCUUUGCAAAGCAACUUCAAAGUCUACUUCAACAACCUAAUAUUGAACAUUAUGAUGGAUCAGUCUUAGCUGAUGAACUUGUUCUCAAAAUCUGGAGAUCUUUUACUCAGGCUAUUACUGAGUUAAAUACGUUGGUUGAUUCCAACAGUAUUUUAGUCCAGACCCAGAUGGAGGUGGAAAAGACCGAAGAGGUGGAUCAAGCCGAUACCGGCGACCGGUCUAAUUCUGAAUUGAAGAAGAAGGGCAAACAAGGGGGAAAAGACCGGAGAGGUUGCUACAAGAGAAGAAACAACUCAGGUUCAUGGAUGAGAGAAUCCGAAACAAUGAAUGAUGGUUGUGCAUGGAGGAAAUACGGGCAGAAGAGUAUACUCAACUCAAAAUAUCCUAGGUGCUACUACAGGUGCACCCACAAGUACGAUCAAGAUUGCCGGGCCACAAAACAAGUUCAUAUAAUGCAAGAAAAUCCAAAAAUAAUGUACCACACCACAUACUUUGGCAACCACACUUGCAAUCCAGCAAAGAUUCGGAAGCAUAUAAAUAAUGCACAAUUCAAUCAUUCUAUGCUGGAAUGUCCACCUUUUGAAGUAAAACCAAAAAUCCCUAGCAGUGUCACUCAUGAUUCAACAGAAGAGGAAGAAGAAUCAUUAAAGGGACAAAGUGAUAAUGUAUCAUCAACUAUGGAUUCUUACUUAUGGGAAGAUUUUAUGCCUCCUUCUCCCUCAGCUCAUGAUUCCACCUUGGCUUCUCAUAAUUCUUCUUAUUUUCAAGGACUGAUUAGUAGUGAGAUGGGAGAUCUUGUUAAAUUUAGUGACUUUGAGGCCAUAGAGUUUUUUUGAUUGUUAAUA